GCAGCGAGCCCGGCUCCCGGAGUUCCUAGAGGGUAGCGUAGUGUUUUGGUCUCUGGCGGCGGUGGCAUGUUCACGACGGGGGCGGAGAGUCUGCUCCACCAGGCCAGGGAGAUUCAGGACGAGGAGCUGAGCAGGUUCUGCUCCCGGAUAGUGAAGCUGCUGCAGAAGGACCCUGGGGCUGAGGCUGUGGAUGCUCUACGGAGGCUGUUCCUCAUUAUCUCGGCAACAAAAUAUGGCAGGAGGCUAGAGAAGCCCUGCAUGGACCUGCUGCAGACCACCCUUUGCUCGCCCACAUGCCCCGAGCAGCUCCAGCUCCUCUGUGCCGCCAUCUUGCGGGAGAUGGCCCCAUCCGAGGGCCUAGCCCUAUCCUGUGACCACAUCCAGAACAGCCGCACUUUGAGCCUGGCGGCCUCUGUGCUUCUGGCCCAGGGCGACAGGCAAGACGAGGUCCGCAACGUGGGGCAGCGUGCCCUGCAGCUCCUGGAGGCCCGGCAACCUGAGGGGCCUGGUCCGCGGCCCCUUCUCCCCGUGCUGUCAAAAGUGGUCAGCCUCGCGCCGGGCACCCUGCCCCAAGCCCAGGCCGACCUGCUGCACAGGAGGCUGGUGGACUGGUUGCGCUACGCCAGCAUCCAGCAGGGGGCAGCACAGCCCUCCGGAGGCUUUUUCUCUGCUCCCCGAACAAGGCAGCCCGGGCCCGUCACGGAGGUGGAUGGAGCAGUGGCCACGGACUUCUUCACAGUGCUGUCCACGGGCCAGCGCUUCACAGAGGACCAGCGGCUGAACGUGCAGGCCUUCUCCAUGCUGCGCACCUGGCUGCUCUCCAGCGGCCCCACCAGCGCAGGUGCUGCCGAUGCUGAUGACAGAUCAGAGCUGGAGGGCUCCACCCUGUCUGUGCUCUCGGCCACCAGCGCCACCGCCAGCCACCUGCUCCCCCCUCAGCAGCAGCUGCGGGCUGGGGCCUUUGAGUACUGCCAGCGCCUCCUGGAGCAGAGCACCCGGCGAGCCCUGCGGAGAGGGGACUCAGACCUGCAGAAGUCCUGCCUGGUGGAGGCCGUGCAGUUGCUGGACGUGCUGUGCAGACAGGAGCCAUCCUUCCUGUACCGCGCCCUGUCCUGCCUCAAGGCCCUGCUCGGGCGUCUGUGUGGGGACCCAGCCCAGGCCCGUGCCUUGCUGCCCAUCGCCCGCUUCCUGCUGAGCCAUGGGGAGGCGGCCGCGGUGGACUCAGAGGCCAUCUGCCAGCACCUGUUCUCCAGUGUCCCAGCUGAGCUCUUCCCCAGCCCCAUGCUGGCCUUUGAGUUUGCCCAGUUCUGCAGGGACAGCCUUCACCUCUUCAGCCCGGACCAGGGCAUCUUUAAGCCCAGCUUCCCGAGCCUCUUCAAGCUCCUGGCCUGGCACAGCCCGGCCCUCACCUCAGAGUUUGUGGUAUUGCUCCCGGCGCUGGUUGACGCCGGCACCGCCGUGGAGAUGCUCCACGCCCUGCUGGACCUACCGUGUCUGACUGCAGCCCUGGACCUGCAGCUCAGGUCAUCACCAGCAGCGUCGUCAGAGCGACCACUCUGGGACAUCUCCCUGCGGCCCACCAGCUGCCUAGAGGGCUUCCGGGACCCUCAGUUCCAGGGUCUCUUUCAGUACCUGCUGCGCACCAAGGCGGGCGGCAUCACCAAGAGGCUGGCUCCGCUCCACCGCCUGCUGCAGCCCAUGGCUAGCUGCGCCCGCGUGGUCCAGUGCGCCGAGGCUGUGCCCACUCUGCUUCAGGUGUUCUUUGCAGCUGUGACCCAGGUGGCUGACGGGGCCCUGACUGCCCAGUUAGCGCUGGUGCUCCUGGAGAGAAGCAACUUCCUGUUCCAGGUGCCACAGUACGAGGCCCAGGUGCACAGGGUGAUGAGCUCGCAGUUCCUGGCACUAUGCAGACUGCGCCCAGCUUUGGUGGUGGAGCUGGCCAGAGACUUGCUGGACUUCGUGGGGAGCGUGAGUGGCAUCCACAGCCGAGAGCGUAUGUUCACAGCCGUGGUGUGGGCAGUGGGCGAGUACCUGGCAGUGUCAUACGACAGGCGCUGCACCGUGGAGCAGGUCAACAGGUUCUUUGAGUCCCUGGAGGCCCUGCUCUUUGAGGUCACCCAGUCCCGGCGCUCCGCCACCCUUCCCCCAUGUCCACCGCAAGUCGUCACCGUCCUCAUGACCACACUGACCAAACUGGCGUCUCGUAGCCAAGACCUGAUCCCCAGGGUCUCUCUGCUCCUGUCCAAGCUGAGGGCCCUGCCCCAGGGUCCAGCCAUGGGCUCUGCGCCCAGGGAUGAGGACACGGACACCAUCCGCACAAGGGCCACGGAGCUGACCAACCUGCUCAAGAUGCCCAGCGUGGCCCAGUUCGUGUUCACACCAGGCACGGAGGCCUCCACCCCGCGUUUCCACCGCGACGCCAACACUGCCCUGCCCCUUGCUCUGCACACGGUCAGCCGGCUGAUGGACAGGGAGGCCGGCCUCCCAGUGGCGUGAGGGUCGGGCUGCAGACGGGAAGUCAGGAAACUUGGGAGUAGGCUGGGCCCAUAGUGCUGUCCAUCCAAGACAUGGUCACUUCCUGACCUCCCGGGGAGAUGUCUCCUUCUAGAGCCUUCAUCUGGGGCCUGUGCUGAGCAGUGCAGUUAGAAAGGUGGAACUACACUGACUGAGGCCUCAGCCCUUGUUCCAGACGGGAUGGGCUCUUGGUGUGUCCUUGUUUCUGGGCAGGAGAGACCACAGUGGAGAUAAAGCUUCCAUUUAAGAGUGUAUGUGUCAGCAACUCGGCUGUCCCUCCCCUACCCAGGGGGCCAGAGGGGCCAGGCCGCAGCCCUCAAGCCAGGACAGCACUCUGGGUGGGGAGCACGGGCAUGGGUGAGGGAGCCCGCCAGGCAGACGUGUGGGCUGCUCGCAGCACCCAAGUCCUAGUCCAUUCCACCUUCGUCUCCUGCCAAUAACUUGGGACUGUGGGAGGGCUGGGCCAAGCUGCCCUGGAGGUUCAGGGCAAGGCCCUGUCUGCCCUGCAGGCUCUGAGCAGCACAGGAGCAGGGAUGGGGAUGGCUUCCCCCUACCCGGGGCCUGUCACCUGCCACCAGGAGCUGUGUUUAGAGCAAAUUCUGGUUCACUUUGGUGCUAUCUGAAGGGAAACUCAAGUAGGUAGGAGAUGGACAUGCCACCCUGAGCCCUAGUGGGCCCACCCACCAUUUCCUGCAGGUCAGGGAGCGAGCAGGCAGGUCUGGGUUUUAACCAGUAUGGCUCCUAGAACGGCAGCUUGCAUCCAGCUCUGCCUGGGGACAGUGAGUGACCCAGCUACCAGGGGGCCCUGAAGUUCCGCAGACCAUGCGUUCUAGUUCCUAUGACCCCAGGCUGGUCACCCCUGUCCUGUUCCCAGGCUCUAGCCACCCCGCAUUGCCCUGCCCCUAGCUCUCGUCACCCCAUCUCACACUUUGCUUCUCUGAUGCCCUAAAGGAGGCUGAUGGGUCCAGGCACUGGCAAGUGACCUAUCACCUCUCAGGCCGGGGAACUCCUUGCCUGCCCACCCCCUCCUCAGGAGGUUCUGAGGACCCAAUGGGCACAACAGUCGGACGGCAGAGAGGCAGAGGUAGAUUCGGUUAAAGGAACUCCACCCAUGAAAAUCAGCCAUGCGCCCACCUGGGUGUCGCUGUGCGGCCCCCCUCACAGGUGUGAUCGGCCAUGGCCCACACUGCCUGCAGGCACCACACUCCAAGAAUAGGAAAGAUAGUUUAUUGAAUCUCUGCGCUCCAUAAACUCUGUAAACAUAAAGGCUCUGUAACAAACCCCACAGGUCAGUGUUGUCUGUCAUAUAAAUAAAACACAUGCU